AUGGGGGAGAGAAGACACACCCGCGUUACUUUAGUUAAAAUUCCAAGAAUUCUUGAAGAGUAUCUUGAAGAGUAUUCAGAGCCUGUAGAAAUAGGGCAUAUAGAAGAAAGAGGUACUUCUAAUGUCCUAAAAAUUAGCACACAGCUAGGCCCACAGAACUUUCCCAGAGAGUGGAUAAUUGAACCACUUGAGGCUAAGACAGGGGUAUUUACAUUUGUUCAGAAGCCACACGGCGCAUUCAUUGAUGGAGUAAUUACAGAUGAGGUGUAUGCUAAGCCUAAAAUAACUCCAGAAUAUUUGAAGUAUAAGAGAGAAAGAAGCGCCGUAUUAAAUGUAAAGAAAGACGUAAAGUCAGUUGACAGUCUAAAGGAAGGAAUCCGCAUGGAGAGGUACGGUGCAACUGAAUAUGACAUUAUGGCUAGAAAAAGAAAGAAAAUGCUUAUGGAAAAGAAAAGAGAAAGGCUUUCCAAGACAGAAGUCAUGGAUAUUAUAUUCCGAGCAUUUGAAGAAUACCCGUAUUGGUCUGUUAAAGACUUAGCAGAUCGAUCUGGACAGCCCUUAGCAUAUAUCCAGGAAUUACUUCCGGACAUUGCUGUUCUUAAUAAAAAAACGCAUAGAAAUAUGUAUGAGCUAAAACCAGAAUAUAAGAAUAAUAGUUAGGCUAUUAGUCAUGUGUUAUAACAGCUAUAUAACUCGGAAUUGAAAUAAAA